UAGGGGCCGGGAGCGCUUCCGGCGGGGCGGGCGGCGACCCGGAAGUGCUGCGGGGUGCGGGGCUGCAGCAGCAAGAUGGCGGCGGAGGAGCCUCAGCAGAAGCCGGAGCCGCUGGGGGGGGACGCGGACGGAGUGAACUGCCUGGCCUACGACGAAGCCAUCAUGGCGCAGCAGGACCGGAUCCAGCAGGAGAUCGCGGUGCAGAACCCGCUGGUGUCGGAGCGGCUGGACCUGGCGGUGCUGUACAAGGAGUACGCCGAGGACGACCACGUCUACCAGGAGAAGAUCAAGGACCUGCUGCAGAAGUACUCGUACAUCCGCAAGACGCGGCCGGACGGGAACUGCUUCUACCGGGCCUUCGGCUUCGCCCACCUCGAGGCCCUGCUGGAGGACGGCCAGGAGCUGCAGCGGUUCAAGGAGAUCUCGGCCCGCAGCAAGGACGACCUGGUGGCCCAGGGCUUCACCGAGUUCACGAUCGAGGACUUCCACAACACGUUCAUGGAGCUCAUCGAGCAGGUGGAGCGGCGGGUGCCGGUGCCGCAGCUGCUGGCGGCCUUCAACGAGCCCAGCACCUCCGACUACCUGGUCGUCUACCUGCGGCUGCUGACGUCGGGCUGCCUCCAGCGCCACCGCCGCUUCUUCGAGCAGUUCCUCGAGGGCGGCCGCACCAUCAAGGAGUUCUGCCAGCAGGAGGUGGAGCCCAUGUGCAAGGAGAGCGACCACAUCCACAUCAUCGCGCUGGCGCGGGCGCUGCACGUCUCCAUCCUGGUGGAGUACAUGGACCGGGGCGAGGGCGGCGCCACCAACCCCCACGUCUUCCCCGAGGGCUCCCAGCCCCGCGUCUGCCUCCUCUACCGCCCCGGCCACUACGACAUCCUCUACAAGUGAGGCCCCCGCACGGCGGGGACCCGGCCCCCUCGCACGGGGACGGAGCCCCCUCGCACGGUGAGGUGGCCCCUCGCACGGGGACGGAGCCCCCUCGCACAAGGAUGCAGCCCCCUUGCACGGGGACGCGGCCCCUCACACGAGGAUGCAGUUCCCUCGCACGGGGACGCGGCCCCUCGCACAGGGAGGUGGCCCCCCGCACGAGGAUGCAGUUCCCUCGCACGAGGAUGCAGUUCCCUCGCACGGGGAGGUGGCCCCUCGCAUGGGGACACAGCCCCUUGCACGGGGACACAGCCCCUUGCACGGGGACGUGCCCCCUUGCACGAGGAUGUGGCCCCUCGCACGAGGAGGCGGCUCCUUGCACAACAGGGAGGCGGCCCCUCACACGAGGAUGUGGCCCCUCACAUGGGGAUACAGCCCCUUGCACGAGGAUGCAGCCCCCUCGCACGGGGACGUGGCCCCUCGCACGGGGACGCGGCCUCCUUGCACGAGGACACCACCCCCUCGCACGGGGACGUGGCUCCUCGCAUGGGGCCGCAGCCCCUCGCACGACGGGGACGCGACCCUCUCGCACGAGGACGCGGCCCCUCGCACGAGGAUCCCCCCCGGCGCCGCCCCGCGGGGUAAUAAAGAGGCCGCCGGCCCCA